AUGAACUCUUCUGUCCUUGAUAACGGCAAUCAUUCAAACCCUCAGAUCCACGACAUGUCUAGUAACAUGAUAAAAGCUGACUGUGUUGUGAUAGGAGACAGCUUCCGAGGAUUUCCCACGGAGUAUUUCUGCACAUCUCCUCGGUAUGACGAAUGCUUGGAUUAUGUUCUCAUACCAAAUGGUAUGAUAAAAGAUAGGCUUGAAAAAAUGUCAAUGGAUAUUGUUGACUAUUACGAGGCCUGUAAUGCGACAUCGAUCACACUAAUGUGUGUCCUCAAAGGUGGAUUUAAAUUCCUUGCUGAUCUUGUUGAUGGGCUUGAACGCACUGUCCGUGCUCGAGGUAUCGUCCUACCAAUGUCCGUCGAGUUUGUUCGUGUCAAGAGUUAUGUUAAUGAUGUCAGUGUUCAUGAACCUAUAUUAACUGGUUUAGGAGAUCCUUCGGAAUACAAAGACAAGAAUGUUCUUGUGGUCGAAGAUAUAAUUGACACAGGAAAAACAAUAACGAAACUCAUAAGUCAUUUGGAUAGUUUGUCUACGAAAAGUGUUAAAGUCGCAAGCCUCCUCGUCAAGCGAACAUCAACCAGGGAUAAAUAUCGACCAGACUUUGUUGGUUUUGAAGUUCCAAAUCGAUUUGUUGUUGGCUAUGCUUUAGACUAUAAUGAUAAUUUCCGUGACCUGCACCAUAUUUGCGUGAUUAAUGAAGUGGGUCAAAAAAAAUUCUCUGUACCUUGUACAUCAAAACCUGUUUAA